AGUAUUGCACCGCUCACCUUGUAGAACAGACAUGGCAUCCACUGAAGGAAACACUCAGACUUAUAAAAUGAUCCUAGAUCACGACAUAAAUCAACACUUUCAGGAUGCAAUUGAUGUGAUUCAGCAGCAUUCACACAAUUCAUUCUGUGAUUCAGAUUACACCUAUUGUGAGACUCUGGGUAGCCAGCAGCCAUCUCUGCAUUGUCAAAUCUCCUGCUGCCUCGUUACACACCAGCCUGAUGUUCCAGCUCCCGUGUAUGACUGGGGUGACACACAUCAGUCCUGGCCUCAGGUCAUGCCUGAAGUCUCCUCAAGUCACUCUGAGCAGAGCGAGGCACUGCCUUUUUACCCAGUCCUGUCAACCCAGAGGAACAGCAAAGGCCGUAAGAAGCUCAGACUUUAUGAAUAUCUCCAUGAAGCUCUGAAUGACCCCAACAUGGGCGACUCAAUCCAGUGGACGGACAGCGUCAGCGGCACCUUCCACUUUGUCUCAAAAAACAAAGAAAAGCUGGCUGAGUGCUGGGGCCAGCGCAAGGGCAACCGCAAGACCAUGACCUAUCAAAAGAUGGCGAGAGCUCUGAGAAACUACAGUCGCACAGGUGAGAUUGUUAAAGUGCGCCGCAAACUCACCUACCAGUUCAACCCAGACAUCCUGCGCAGGCUCGGCACCGUGAAGGCACACACACACUUGCCCUUCCACGCUGCUCAGGAGGAGGCCCACACCCAACAGCAAAACCCGGCCGAGCAAAACUACAGCAGCUCUGCAUCCUCAGACUGGCAGGGAUGGUACGGAAGCUACCACCUGCAGGAAGACUACGACCUGGCAUCAAGGUUCACCUCACACAGUUGCACCGAACUCUGAGCUGAGAGAGAACACGUUUUUUUUUACACUUUUGUUAUCAACUUCGAAAAGAUCUGGUGCAAUUCUCAGGUGAUCUGAAUUUCCAUUUAACCUGCAUGACGUGCAUCAUAAUCCCAAUCAGCAGAAAGUAAUUUCUAAAUGAUAAAUAUAUUUUUUAAAGAAGGUCCAGAUUGAAGUAAUAGCAAGUGAUCACUGACAGAAGACCACAUCCAAUUAUCUUGUAAUUCUUAGUAUCUUUCAGUUGGAAAUGUCUUAUUUGUUAAACUAUGGAACCACAUUUAGUAUUUUUCUGCUUUACAUAGGUUCAUCUUUAAUUUGUGGGUGAUAUAGUUUUACCUUUCUGUAUGAAUUUAUUCUCACUAAAAAUGUUCAUUUAGGUUUCUCUGGUUCUAUAUGAAGGAACAACCAUGUACAUUUCUUGUAAAUCUUUUCAAAGCUUGUAAAUAUGUCCUAAUUAUUUUUUAAAUUGGAAAUUCAAACUUAAUUAUAAUUGGCUUGGAUGUCUUAUAUUUAUGAGCUGUGUUUGAAACGGAGGACAUUUUUGUUUGUUUCAUGGAUGAUGUUGAUGAUCUGGUCAAAUCUGAAAGCAGCCAAGAAAAUAAAUAAGGGCCUCCGUUUAAAAAAAAAAACAUAAUCAAACCUAUAUUUUAUUUCAAUUAGUAAUAAACUACUUCAUGUAAAAAAAAUCAAGCUGGAUAUUCCAAAGCAUUCUUUCAAAAUAAAAAUAUACAUAUAUAUCCACAUGUAUAUA